AUGGCCGCGGGAGCGGAGCGCCAGGCCGGCGCGGAGCUGGAGGCUCCCCCCCAGCACGAUCAGAUCUCUCACACAAAUCUUUCUGCAGAUGACAAGUGGAACCUGCAGCAGGAGAAGAUGCUCAAGAUACACCGGGGCCACGAUUCCAUGCACAUGGAGAUGAUCUUGAUCUUCUUCUCCACCCUGAUCAUCGCCCAGAUAGUGCUGGUGCAGUGGAGACAGAGGCAUGGCCGGUCCUACAACCUGGUGACCCUGUUGCAGAUGUGGGUUGUCCCUUUGUAUUUCACAAUAAAACUUUACUGGUGGCGGUUUCUGUCUAUGUGGGGAAUGUUCUCAGUUAUCACCAGUUACAUCCUCUUCAAAGCUACGCGAAAGCCCCUCUGCGGGAGAACACCCCGAUUGGUCUACAAAUGGUUUCUUCUCAUCUAUAAACUCAGCUACACAUUUGGUGUUGUGGGUUAUUUGGCUAUCAUAUUUUCACUGAGUGGAAUUCAUUUAUUUUUCAAAAUCAAGGCAAGAGAUUCCAUGGAUUUUGGCAUUGUGUCACUGUUCUAUGGCCUCUACUAUGGCAUAAUGGGAAGAGACUUUGCAGAGAUCUGCUCAGAUUACAUGGCUUCUACUAUAGGGUUCUACAGCGACAGUGGGAUGCCCACAAGGAGCUUGUCAGACAGCAUCUGUGCUGUCUGUGGACAAAAAAUCAUUGUGGAGCUCGAUGAAGAGGGGCUCAUUGAAAACACUUACCAGCUUUCCUGCAAUCAUGUCUUUCAUGAAUUCUGCAUCCGAGGUUGGUGUAUUGUUGGUAAAAAGCAGACCUGCCCUUACUGCAAAGAGAAGGUUGAUUUGAAGAGGAUGAUCAGUAACCCCUGGGAGCGCACACACAUUUUGUAUGGACAAAUCUUGGAUUGGCUUCGUUAUUUGGUAGCCUGGCAACCCAUGGUGAUAGGAAUAGUUCAAGGCAUUAGCUACUCACUAGGGCUGGAAUGA